GGCGGCUGCAGAAGCAGCGUGCGGCGCAGCUAGGACGCUAGUUCUCUCAGCUAAGUACGGUAGGUCCGUGCUGCUGUUCCUGGAUCCGUGCUGCUGUCUGAAAAGAGCACGGCCUUUCGCACGUUGGCGUGUUUGCAGGCGGUUGCCCUGGUAUGCGCCUUAAGGUAUAAGCAAUGCUAAGAUCUCCAGGACGAUAUGAUGAUGGAAUGCUGUGCACGUGGUUGGUCUUCAAAGAUACUAUGUGGAGGGUUGUUAUGCACUUAAGAAAUUGCAUCUGCUGCGUGGUGAGCUACUAGAGAGAUAUAGCAAGGUCCCAUACCAGCAUUGUAUUAGAUGAUAUCUGAAGCAGUACGGAGAGUAAUAAGGGGUACACUGAAGCUCUGUUUAUAUCAGCUUAGAUCAGCAUGGCCUUUCUUCAAUCGUGGCACCGUCAGCCAGGGGGUGAGAGCUACCCGCGCAGGGUGCUUCUUGUGACACUUGCAAUGAUUUACUCCAUCAGUGCCUCAGGCAUCGUCUUUGGAUACUCGGGACUGUACGACGUCCUGCUCUUUGAAGUCAAGGCCUUCAGCGAAUAUUGUGAGGAUGGCAAGUCCCCAUGCCCCGCGCAGCUUGACCGCCUCUCCAGAAUGUACACCAUCGGGGCAACCACGAUCUCUGGCUGCGCGUUCGUUGUUGGUCUGUUUCUAGACUACGCCGGACCCCGCAUCACAGUCUGCCUGGGCUCCCUCCUCUUGGCGGGGGGGCUGCUCGCCGUCGCAUUCGCCCAGGAGAUUUCCAGCUCUUUCUACUACCUCGGCUUCUUCCUUAUGUCGGUUGGAGGACCCUGCAUCUUCAACAGCACCUACAGCUUCGGGGAGCUCUUCCCGAGCCAGUCAGCCGGGAUCAUUGGGGCCCUGUCGACAGGCUUCAACUCGUCCACGGUGGUCUUCUGCAUCUUCGGGGCGGUCAUCCACACCUUCGACGUCUCCCUCAAGUCCGUCUUCAUAGCUUAUACUGUCAUGCCCGUCAUCGUAUUCAUAUCCAGCGUGCUCCUAUUCCCGGAUCAGCCCUUUGAGUCGAGCAGCAAGGACGACGGUGAUCGCGCGCGGUUCAAUGGCGAGCUACAUCGUGUAUGGACCAUUACAAUGACGGAGGGCAAGUACCCCGCCGACGUGGAGGGCCCCAACGGCCAGAUCGCGGGCGCGGACUACGGGCGCCUCUCGCUCGACGAGGCCGGCCUCGAGGCGCCGUUGCUUGUCAAGGGCGCGCUCACGGGCGAACUGCCCCCAGAGCUCUCCUACUCCGGAGAAACUUCCGCUUCCGCCCCUCCCCGCAAGAAGCUCUUCCGGCGGCGCUCGUUCCGCUUCGACGACGGCCCGCCGGACAUCUACAACAGCGCCUUCUCGAAGCAGAUCAACUCGAGCGUUUAUUGGAGCAUGGCGCUCGUGACUGCCUACAUCGUGUUGCGCGUGAACUACUACAUCGAGACUUUGUAUGAGCAGCUGUUAUAUACUGCGAGGUUGCAGUAUCCCGGGGACAUCGACGCAGCCAGGGAGGCCGCCAGCUACUAUACAACGGUGUUCAACUAUCUGCUGCCCCCCGGGGGGCUUGCCAUGAUCCCGGUGGUGGGCUUUGUAUUGGUCGAGUGGGGCUUCGCGCCCAGCUUCCUUAUCAUCGCAAUCCUGCAUAUGCUCUUCUGCCUCGUCAACGCGUUUGACCGGCCGCCAAUCCAGCUUCAGGUGGUCGCUUUUGCCCUGUACGCGAUGGUCCGACCCUUCCUCUUUGGCAGCAUGGCCGCGUAUAUAGGCCGGCUGUUCGGGUUUAAAAACUUUGGUAAGCUAUAUGGCCUGAUGCGGGUGAUGGGCUCCCUCGCAGUGUCCCUGGAGUAUCCGCUCCAGCUGCUAUCUAUCCACACUUUUGAAGGCCGCUACAUUUACGUAAAUAUGGGCUUCAUAUUCAUAGGCCUCUUGCUAUUCGCUUAUCCGGUCUUCUUGUGGAAGAAGGUGUUUUACGGAAACUUCUUGCGCCCGCCGCUUGUGAAGCUGCAAAGCAUAGAAGAAUAGACCGACAAGCGCGCUUAUUAUAAUUAUCAUAGUAGAUAAGCACCAAGCGGUAGCUUAACAGGGUAUCUAGUACCUACGGUGUCCGGUAGCUAGGCACACGGUCAACCGCUAUAGUGGGACGCCUGGGUGCUAUUAGCGGCUUGACAACGCUUACGGCUAUUACUUCGCAAUUGCAGUGUCAGGCUCCAUAUAGGACCAGUUGAAGGUUUGAUCUUGAUCAGUUAAAGGGCGAGCUCAAGAGCCGCCCGUCUGUAAUAUUAGCGGCUGGGCAUUAAUACCGUAGAUUGGUAAGAGCGAACUCACGAUUUUAGGUUGACAUUGAUCACAUGAUCAACAUCGACCCUCAGGCAAACUAGGAUUCCAGAAGCUAUUAUUUUAAAUAUUGCUAAGUUGGAAGGGUCUAUAGGCUCAGACUAGCCAGAUAUCAGAGUGUUGGCCCUCUUAAGCUGCGGCAUGGUGUGGAAGUCGCUCAUCCCGCGAGCCAAUGGUCUUGCUGCUUUGAGCGCUUCAGCGAAGCAAAAAAGUUUGGGUCUGCCCGGCCGUGGUCCAGGC